AACACGACGCGACUCAACUGCGGAAGACAAACACACGACGCUGAAGAAAGCAAUGUACAUCACGGAUAUUAUUGGGUAGUCUAGUGAUAUCAUUAUAAUAAUAACAUGGGACACAGUCAUUACUAUUUCGAAGUAGGUGAUGAAUUAACAGCCCAAUCUAGCCCACAGCUGCAGCAAAGAGACGAGGUGCACACGAUCCUCCGACCAGUGUAGACUGUCGCUGUCACUUCUAUUCUUCCGGUGUGUUGUGCUUCGAUAGGCGGCGAGGGCUAGGAACUUGCCAUUAUCGGCUAUAGGCUACGAGUUGUGAUCGAUGGCGGAACCAGAACCAAAAGAGAAACCCGAGCAGAUUGACGACGCGGAGUUGGCUUUUAAAGGAAUCAACAUGCUGCUCAACAACGGAUUUAAGGAGAGCGACGAGCUUUUCAGAAAAUACAGGACCCACAGUCCUCUGAUGAGUUUUGGAGCUAGUUUUGUCAGCUUCCUGAACGCCAUGAUGACAUUUGAGGAGGAGAAGAUGCAGACAGCCUUUGAUGACCUCAGAGCCACUGAGAGACUGUGUGAAGGUGACAACGCUGGCGUCAUCGAGACCAUUAAAAACAAGAUCAGGAGGAAUGACUCCCAGAGGUCUGGAGUGGCGAUAGUAGAUCGACUCCAGCGACAGAUCCUCAUAGCCGACUGCCAGGUCUACCUCGCCGUCCUCUCUUUCAUCAAACAAGAACUGUCGGCAUACAUCAAAGGAGGCUGGAUUCUCCGGAAAGCCUGGAAGAUGUAUAACAAGUGCUACAGCGACAUCAGCCAGUUGCAGGAGGGAACCAAGAAGAGGUCCUCCAACCAGCAAGGGCCUCCCUCUCCAUCCCCUGGCCAGGCCAACCACACCCAUGCCACGGCCCAGACCCUGAGGGCCAACGGAGUGACCCCGGAGGCCCUGGACCGGCUCAAGGGCUCGGUCAGCUUCGGCUACGGCCUGUUUCACCUGUGCAUCUCCAUGGUGCCGCCACACCUGCUGAAGAUCGUCAACCUCCUGGGCUUCCCCGGCGACCGUCACCAGGGGCUGUCUGCCUUGACGUUUGCCAGUGAAAGUAAGGACAUGAAGGCCCCCCUAGCUACGCUGUCCCUCUUGUGGUAUCAUACAGUAGCGCAGCCCUUCUUUGCCCUGGACGGCUCUGACACACAGGCCGGUUUGAUGGAGGCAAAGUCUAUCCUCCAGAGAAAGGAGCCUGUAUACCCAAACUCAUCCCUAUUCAUGUUCUUCAAAGGCAGGGUGCAGCGCCUCGAGUGCCAGAUCAACAGUGCCUUGACAUCCUUUCAGAAUGCCUUGCAGCUGGCAACAGACCAGAGGGAGAUUCAACAUGUGUGUUUGUAUGAAAUAGGCUGGUGCAGUAUGAUCGAGCUGAGGUACGGUGACGCCCACAUGGCCUUUCAGCGUCUGUCCACUGAGUCACGCUGGUCUCAGUGCUACUAUGCCUACCUAACUGGAGUGUCCCAAGGAGCGUCUGGAGAUCUAGAAGGAGCUGCCACUGUCUUCAAGGAUGUUCAGAAGCUUUUCAAACGGAAGAACAAUCAGAUAGAACAGUUCUCUGUGAAGAGGGCGGAGAGGCUAACGAAGCACGCCCCAUCAAAAGAGCUGUGUAUCCUGGCUGUGAUCGAGGUACUUUACCUAUGGAAGGCCCUGCCUAACUGUUCCACAUCUAAGCUGCAGACCAUGAGCCAAGUUCUCCAGGAAAUUGACGAUGUGACUUGUGCCGGCCUGAAAAACCUGCUUCUUGGUGACAUAUACAGAUGUGUCGGCAACAUGAAAGACUCCGUUCGGUGCUUCGACCUGGCUUCCAGAGACGAGGUAGGACAUCAGAGCAACUCCUAUGUGCAGCCCUACUCCUGCUAUGAGUUAGGCUGUGUCCUGUUGGACAGCCCUGAGUCUGCGGACAAGGGUAGAGCUCUGAUGUUACAGGCCAAGGAGGACUACGCUGGUUAUGACUUUGAGAAUAGACUCCAUGUGCGUAUCCAUUCAGCUCUGGCGUCCGUGAUGGACAAGGCGGCUCCAUCCUGACCUCUGCCUUUCACCGCCAACCACCAUUCAUCCACACGAGCUCUGCGUUGGAGAUAGAACCAGCCGGGAACAGCUCUCUUCAGAGAAGCCAUCUCUCUCCACGGCACUGUGACGAUUUUUGUUUUGUUUGAGGGUAUUUAUGUAGUUUUAUGAUAAAUGUGCAAUCAUGUUUGGAAAUGAUUGUUUACAGUAAGUGUUUCCUGAAUGGACACUGCAGGAAUAGUGUAGAUCACUGUAAGUUUAUUGGUGUGUUUUUAACCAGAUUACGUAUCUAGGGUCAAAUGACACUUUUUAAAAAUUGGUAUCAGUGGUGGUUCUAUGUGAAUAGUGCCAUCGUAUCUUAAUUUGUACCCAUUUGAUGGGCGAAAUUCAGACCUGGCUAGGCCACAGUACAGAACACUUUGUUUAACUUAAAAAGUGACUUGUGCAAUAACGGCAAAUAAUGUCUUAGUGGCUGCCAGGGUGUUACCUGAAUGCCCACUAUCCUGUUGUAGUAGACAAUCUAAACGCACAAACCUUAUGCUGCUACUCAUCCCCUGGCCUUGGUUUCAAUGGAAUGUUAAUGCCCAACGUUUGAAACUAGAAUCCUUAGUCGCCACCUCCAUUUUUGGACUUACAAAUGAUUGGUGUUUAAAUUGAAUUAAUUCAAUUGCAGAUUCACAACGACUUACUGGCGCAAUUUGGCUAAGUGCCCUCAUUGGAAACCUAAUUAUAAUGAAUGUACCUAAUGUCUGAAAACCAUGUAAAUGUUAAGAAACACUGCAUUACCACAUGGUUCAAAUAUAAUGAAUCCAUAGCUCUGUCUGUGGUUACAUUUCUCCAGUCCCAUCCCACAGCUUUUUUUUCUACACAGAUGUGGUUUUAUUUAGUUUCAGUUAAGGACUCUAGUUUUAAUUGCCUUAGGUUAUAACAUUUAAAAUCUAUUCCACACCACUAUUUAGGCUGGUUUCCUCUAGUUGAAAUGUUACAAUGUUGUUAGUCUUUUUUAAUGACCAGUGUAUUGAUAUUUAAUAGGGAAACAGCCUAUUAUGUGUAAAUAAAUAGCUGUACUUUUAUUCUAUAUGACUGUAGCUAAAUGAUGUUGUUCCUUUGACACUUGAACCUUGCUAGACCUACUCUGCUGUAACGUGAUUAGCUGUUGCAUUUUUUUUGUAUGUGUAAGAGUGUUUUACAAUAAUAAAUUUCUUA